GUGGGGUUUAUCAUCACUCUACCAGUCAUCAGACGGGGAAGAUAACAAGUGCAGUGUGUAUGUGUGUGUUUGGCGUGUAGGUGUAAAGCUGUCAAAUAUACGGUGGAGUGAGGCGCGGUUCCAAGGGUGAGUGGUAGGGCGAGGUGAGGGUGUCUGGGAGAGGCUUGUCAGUCUUUGGUCUUCACGCCCCACCAGUCAGCACACAGGGAGGAACAGGUGCAGUGUGGCGCUGGCUUCAACGUGGAGAACUGUCAAGUAGUCAAUGGUGUAACACGGAACAGAGGAAAAUGCCACUUCAUAAAGGUGUGGAAACCCUUAGUACUCUGUGUGUUCUGAGAAUAGGACAGUUAUUUAUUGAAAUUACUAAAUGCUUGAAUCGUUGCACUGCCAGUAAGAAAAAGGGAAUUCUUGCAAGCCAGAAACUUGCAAAUAAAAAGAAUUUUCAUCAUAAAAGUGAGAAAAAAAGUGAUGAAAAAGAUGUUCAGAACCAAAAUGAAACCAAAGAAGUGGAGGAAAAGAAGGAGACUCUCAAACCAGAGUUGUCGGGGACCAAUGGGCAUGCAACACUUCAGGCAGAGCAGGUAGAAGAGGCACCGCUUACUCCACCACUGGAAAAAGAAGAGGAAAGGAAAAAAAAGAAAAAAGAAGAGUUGGAGCUGUUAUGCCGAGACAUUGGUCAAGCAUUGACCUCUCACUCCCAUGUCACGCUACAUAGAACACUCUUCACCUCCAUCAGCUCGUGCCUUGACCCAGUUUAUGUGAAGGAGAAAUGCAGCCGCCAUGCCAUUCAGAGUGCACUUGUACUUUUCCUGAAUGCUAGUUUAAGAGAAUUAGAUUUUGGAGAAAGAAAAAUGUUUUCAGAACAUGAGAUGUGCCAGGUUUUGGCUGAUCAGCUCCAUAACGCAGUGAAGUUAGAAAGACUCAUCAUUGGUCGAGCAUGUUAUUGGAGAUCACAAAUUUUUGAAAAUCUCAAUGUAAAGUUAAUGCAAUUGCCUCAUCUUAUGGUCCUAAAAAUCCAGUUUAUCUGUACUCCAGAAAUGAUUAAUGGGCUUUCCCAGAACUGCCCCAAUUUAUGUGAGUUAUCUGUGAGAGGUUCUGAAAAACUGUCAGAUGAGGCCUGUGAUGAAAUAGCCAAGUGUAAAGGACUCAACUGCCUUGAUAUAUCAGGUACUAGAAUUACUGGUAAAGGUUGCUGGAAGAUUUUGGAUUCUGUGAAAAAUCUUUCAUGGCUACAUCAUUGUGCUUUCAAUUGUAAUUCUGACUCUCUACUGUUUGAGUCUCGGACAGAAUUGUUCAACUAUGUAAAAGAACAGUUGAGUACAGCAGAUGAGGGACAGUUGUUGCAAGUGCCUCAUCCUGAGGUGACACUGCGGGAUGUCAGCUUUAGUUUGAAGAAUUUUUGGCUCUUCAAUCCCAUCACAUAUGACUUGAUAACAACUUGCCUCUGCCCAGACCUGGAGCAUCUGCGACUUGAUUUCAUUUUCCAGGACUUACUUGAGGAACCUGAAGUUUCAGUUCUUUCAUCUCUUACAAAGUUGAAGAAACUGGAAGUCAACUUUUAUGACCAGUGCUUCUAUAACCUGGGCAAGGCAAUGCUGGAAGCUUGUGGUGAAUACCUCACCUGCCUGUCACUUCACCUGGCUGAUGACUGGUUUGUGGUUGCUCCGAUACACAAUGUUGUGGCAAGUUGUUGUCCUAACCUAGUCACCCUUCUAUUCUCAGGAGACUAUAAGGUGGAGGGAGAACGCCCUGACAUGGCUCGACACACUUUAGAGGAGUGUGAUGAACAACUUGAUUUUGGAAUUCCUGGGCCAGCACAUCCACAUCUCUUGCACUUGAGGGUAACUGGUGUGGUGAGUGACCAGCGACUUCGUUUUUUGCUAAGCCACGCCCCUGCCCUUCAAACCAUCCAUCUUGAUGGGGAACUUGAGUGGUUGCAUGAUGCUACUCUGGCAGCUGCUCUACAAAUCAAUCCUCUACCAGAUUUGGAAGAGAUUUGGUUUAAUGUAUCAACAACUGUGACACUUGCCACUGUGCGGCUCCUCCUGCAGCAAGACAAUCCCCUCAAGUGUAUAGGUCGGCUUUGUCACAUGGGGGAAGCCACUAUGGGGGAAUACCAGGAGUUGCUGGCACAAGUACAUCAACACAACUUGAACAUCAAGCUGAUUUGGGUUACUGAUGAGCGAAUCAGAAAGUGAGAAAGUUUAUAAGUCUCUGUAUAUACUGUAUAAGCAUUUAUGUAUGCCACUAAUGUAAGUUAAUUUAUUAUAUAAAUCUCAGAGAUUAUAUAUUUAUAUAUAAAGAACUUACAUUAAGAUUUAUAUGUGAAACAUAUUUGCACAAUUUUUUUUAUUUUACAUUACAUAAUCUAUAGAACUUAAAUUGUUGAUUUUUUUUUUGCUCUCUUGAGAUUUAAAAGAAUUAAAAGGAAUUGUAGUGAUUAUGAGGAACAAGAAAGAGGGGAUUUAUUCAUGACUUUUAAUGAGGAUUUGAAUAAAUGGACAGUGAGCAAUUCUUGAUAGGAAUUAUGGAGAAACAAGAGAGUAUGAAUUUGGAUUUAAGAUGACAAAAUAUUUAAAAGAGAAAGAAAUUCUACUUAUCAAAGAAGCAUUGGCACUUUUUGUGAUAUAGAGGCAGAGUUGAUGCAAAGAAUAGAGCAUGGGUGAGUUUUAAGACUAAACUGGACAAAAGUCUGUAAAAUUUGAAGACAGGACACCUUGAAUUAGCUUUAAUCUUUUAUACUACAACUAGAUAAACACACACACACACACACACACACAAUAUAGAAAGAAUAGACAGAAAUGACUUGGUACAACAGAUGGAGGAGAGGAGAGACAAACGGGGGGGGGGGGGCAUGGGAAGAAAAUAAAGAAGAGUGGAUGUUCAAGGGACAUCAAGAAAUGCGGCUUCCCGUAGAGAACUAUUGAAAUCUGGAAUGAUUUGAAGGAAUAAGUGGUUGUGGAAGUGUACACAUGUUUAAAGAGAAACUGGAUAAAUAUGGUUAUGGAGACAGGACAAAAUGAGCUUUGGCUCAUGCCCUGUACAGAACAACUAGGCAACUAGGUAAAUACACUCACACACACACACACCUCUCUUUUAUCUCUCCACAACCCAUCUCAUGUUGACAAGUAUGUUACAUUAAGUAAUUUAUUUUUAUCUAUCUUAUUUGCUCCCUCCUUCUUAGUCUUGGGAAUUUGCUGCAGAACCAGUAACUAAUAGUAUUUGCUAAUGCUCUGGUUUUAUGUUGACUUAGUUAUGGGCUUAGCUGAAAUAACUGUUUGGUUUGGCAGCUUUUUUAAUAGUCUAGGGAUGUUUAUAUCUGUAAUGUUCUGUCAUGAUUAGCUAUUGGCAGUUUCUCUGCUUAUUGUGGUGAUGCCAUCCAUGUGAUAUAGCCACUUGACCUCAUCUGUGAUCAGUCUGUAUUAGUGCAUUAUACUGAGGCAAAUUUUAUCAGUUCCAGCUGCUCAGAAUUAGGCCCUGUCAAGUCUCAGUAAAUUUUAUUUGGACUGGACAAACUUCUCAUUCUUGUCCUUUUGGCUGAGCUGCUACAAUUUAUAAAUAAAUCUGAGCCAGCAUAUAUAUACAGUCAUACCUCGUGAUUUGAAUGUCCUUCAAUUCAUACAACUCCCAAUUCAAACAGGGUUGGUGAAUAAACUUUGUCCUCCAAUUCAAACUCAAACAUCUGUUCAAGCAAUGCCACUCAGUCACUAAUCCCUCUUCCAUUCUUCCUCCCCCAUUCCUUCUCCCUCCUCCCCUUUCCCUCCCUUCCUGGCCUUUAUCCUCCAUCCCUCCCCAUUUCCUUCCCCCCCCCCCCUCUCUCUCUCUCUCUCUCUCUCUCUCUCUCUCUCUCUCUCUCUCUCUCUCUCUCUCUCUCUCUCUCUCUCUCUCUCUCUCUCUCUCUCUCUCUCUCUCUCUCUCUCUCUCUCUCUCUCUCUCUCUCUCUCUCUCUCUCUCUCUCUCUCUCUCUCUCUCUCUCUCUCUCUCUCUCUCUCUCUCUCUCUCUCUCUCUCUCUCUCUCUCUCUCUCUCUCUCUCUCUCUCUCUCUCUCUCUCUCUCUCUCUCUCUCUCUCUCUCCUUCCCCAUAUGUCCCAUCCUCCCAUUGUUCCUUUCCUUACCCAUUCUCUUUCCUCUGGUCUCAGACCUCCCUCCCCGUCACCUCUUCUCCCCCUUAUCUGUCAGAGAUAAGGGACAUGGGAAUAGUACCUCACUCUCCCUCCACCUCAUUAAUUCUAUGUAAUUUUUGCUUCAUCCUUUCUUACUCUAGUAUAACUUUAUUUUCAUUCUCUAUCAGUCUCAUUCUAUUUAGCUAUUCUCAGGAUUGUUCUUACAUUCAGAAAGAGAGAGAGAGAGAGAGAGAGAGAGAGAGAGAGAGAGAGAGAGGAUGGAUGAAUGGUACUUUGCAUAAAAAUUUAAGGUCAUUGUUUUUGUAUCUGACAUAUAGGACAAUCCACUUUUUGUGGCUUUUUAGGAUGAUUCAAGUGCUGUCUCAUAUGCCAAAAUAUAUGGGAUUGCAUGUUUUUCUUUUACUGUAUUUUUUUCUAUGAAUUAGGUUAUUUUCAUUCAAUUCUAUGUUUGGUGCACAACAUAAGCUCAUAAAAAAAAAUAAUAAUAAUAAAAAAUAAAUAAGGGGAUUUGGGACCUGGAAUGGAUUAAUUCUUUUUACAUGAAUUUGAAUGGGAUAAAUUGCUUCCCUAUUCAAACAUUCCCAAUUUGAACAGCCCAAAAGAACCAAUUAAGUCUGAAUCACAAGAUACUACUUUAUCUUUAUCUUUAAUGAUGAAGUGACCUUUCAUAUUUUCAAGCUUAUUGUGACAUUUCUGUGAGUGAUGGGUCAGCUUUAAAGGAGUGCCCUGUCACAGUUCUUUAUUGCUGGUUUUCCUCUUGGGUUGCAACAUUUGCACAUCCUGACUCGAGCUGCCUGGACACAACUGGUCUGCUUCAGGAGACAUGAUCAGUUGUGACUGGUUGCGGCAAGUCAGAGUGCCACAGUAAAACGUGCCUUAUUUGUAGAUUUUGCUGGUUUGAAAUAAUGGCUGAUGUGAUAAUCAUUGGUGCUUAUCUAGUGAUAUUAGGCCAUUAGUCUUACCAGCAAAAAAGCACUGAGGUAGACAAAUCCUUGUUGUCAGGUGAACUUGGUAUGGUUACAUUUACUGUUAAUCAUCUUUGUAUUAAAAAUACAAGAAUUAUUGGAAUUCAUAGUUUCACAGACCAGAUUAUGUACCAUUAAUCUUCAUUUUGGUACUGGAUAAAGAUAAGAACCUUAAGUAUGACAUCAAAUAACCUCAAUAAUUGAACCUAUGCAAGAAAACUACAUUUAUUAAAUACUAGAUCCUAAUGAAAAUCACAUCUGAAUCCUGUGAAUCAGUAGUAUAGUGCAGGUUGUCAGAAUUGAUCAGCUCUGUAUCAUGUGGCUGCAUUGCACCUUAAUUAUUCACUGGGGACCAACAGGAUACCAACAGAAAGAAGAAAUUCUGAAGCUAUGGAAUGGAUUUCUCUUGGUUUCCUUGUCUCUAUGUAGGUAUUAUACUUAUUUUCAGGCCCUGGUGUUCCCUCUCAUCAGUGUUACCAGUAUGCAAUACAAGUCUUGUUAUUAGUUCAGUGAAUGGAUGAGCCCUUCUCAUUUUUAAUCUCCUCCCUCCAUCCACCUAAGACUGUUGGCUUAAAAGAUAAAUGGCAGUAAUUGUGAUCAUGCAUGUACUUAUUUUUUCAUGUUUAUCUCAUGACAUAAAGAAUUGUAUUGA